GCGCAGGGCGGCUGUUUGCGCCAUGCCGCGCGGUAUCGCGGUCUGGUGUUACAGAUCAAUCAACUCAACCCGCGGCACCCGGCGAAGGCAUAUGCAGCUAAUAUUUGAAGGGUUUAUUCUAACUAUCUCCUCUCGUCCAGCAUACAUAAGGGGAGACAAGUUCGUCAUGUAAGCUGCAUCCACAACUCGCUCGGUUAUUUUUCUAUUCAUAUCUCGAAACAUACCAAGGCAACACCUGCAUCAUGUCUUCUAUCCCUUUUCACGCUGUCGACACCAAAGGUAAAGUCCUCGGAGAUAACUUCGCCCCCGCUGCUGCUGUCAUCCUUCCAGCCAAUGCCAAGACUCUCUACAUCUCUGGGGUUGUCGGUGAAAACGAGGAUGGGUCUUUCGGGGACUUCAGAACUCAGGUCUUCCUCAUCUUCGAUCGAAUCACCGAAAUCCUUCUUAACGCCAGCCCCAGCUAUAAGUCUGCCGGAAACGCUUGGAAGCAUGUCUUCGAGAUCACAGCUUACCACGUCGGCCCGCUUCCUGAGCACCUCCCUAUUGAACUUGAGGCUGUUGACAAGUACUUGAAGGGUGCCCACCCCACUUGGACUUCCGCUGCUGUCGAGAAGCUCUUCCACGACGAGCAGCUCUAUGAGGUUCAUGUCAAAGCAAUCGUUCCAUAAGGCGGUCUCAGUUGAUAAUAAAAGGAAGGAGUUAAUACUAGCAGUAGACCAUGUGCAUGCAGGGCGAUCCGGAAGAUCAAUAUCUGGGGCUGACUAAGAGUAUCAAUCAGAGAUAAAGUAGAAAUGACAUAGGGAGGGAGCAGAGUAGAUUGAAUAUAUCCAGACGCAGGUGAUGGGUUCUGUAGAUAGGACUGGUAAAUGUAGUAAGGGUGGAGGCAUAUACCUCUAAUGCCUUUGAGAAUUGAUCAUUAGGGGAUAUCCAAAAGGGUAUGAAGAGGUUUAUAUACGAUCCAGGCGCGUUCUCUACUCGGCCCGUCUCCCUUUGCCUUCAAUUUUUUUUCCCUUUCAACCAAUAUCUUUCCUCAAAUGUUGGGACCCUAAUCUACUGAUGAGUCCUGACCCUCGCCGACCCUUCAAUGGUACUUAAUGUUUUGUGCAAUAAGUCAGUUAUGUGAUAGGUAGAGGCCAUCUUAUUAACGAAGAUCAUUUCGCUUGGUACUGAUACAAAGU